AUGUCCAUCGUUGGCAUAUCGCCAUCAGACAUACUCAACGGCAUUGGACUGGCAAUUCAGAUACAACGAACUUGGUUUGACAGAGCGAAUAGAGCUGACUCCCUAUACAGAGAAUUUGGUGACGACAUACGACACCUCUCAGGCAACCUUGAAGCUCUGAAGCUUGCUUUUGAGACAGGAUAUCGCUUGUCAGUCCAUGAUGGCCGAUACUAUGAUCCUUUGCAAGAUGCGUUGGAUAAGGACCGACGCGCUCUGGUGGGAAAUUUUGAGGCUACGCUGGUAGAUUGCGAGAAGCUACUGAAGAAAAACGUGGCAGUCAGCCGCGAGGGCCUCUCCUUCGUUAGGAAUUCGUACUGGCAUAUCUCCGUCAAGCCAACUGUGGAUGCUCUCCGGGAGCGCAUUAAAUUCCACAUGAUCAAGAUGGAAUUCGUCUUGGAGCCACUCAGGCAUGGGCUCCUGAAAGACAUCUCAAUGAGCAUCAACCUCAUCAUGGCCACGAUGGGAGACCUCCACGCUUUCCUCAUUCAAGGAACACCUGCUAGCCAAUUACGCCUUCCUCCAAUACCACCUGGGUUGCAACAAAGGUUUGAGGUCGCCUUCUCGUCCAACCAACCCAAGUCAUUCUCAGAUGGAUCAGAUAGAGUCAUCGAGUUAAUGUUUGAUGCUCUUCAUCGGACUUUUAUGCAGAGUACCUUUUCGUACCACGGGCCUUUAUCUGGGAUCCAGACGAGCCAGCAAUAUCUCAACCUGAUCAAGGCUCAAUUCUUGUCAGAAAAGCUGCGGGAGGCGAGAGGGCUUUCUGAGAGAUAUUAUUACGACCGUUCUGCCAGGCUUAUCGAGCUGAAGAUUAGACUGGAGUUCCGCCGUGAUAACAUCGAACGGUACAGAGAGGAAGAGCUGGAGGUACUUGAGCAGGGCUUGUUUGAGAUCUGGAUUGCUCACGAAGAAUCCGAUUCUCCUGUUGCUAAUGUUGGAGUUGAAGUCGGAGCUCCAUCAGAGGAGAUACUGGUUCUCCCAGUAAUACACGAAGAUGGAAGAAGCCUUCAAAAUCUGGCGGUAGUCCGCCAAAACCAAAGCGAGGUAGACUUCCUCUUGGUUAAGAGGACACUUGCUACAGCCACCAGCGGUCCGCGCACUGACAAUUAUCCUAUGAACAUCCACCAUUACCGAUACAUUCCCUGGUAUGCCAUCCCGACAGAUGAAGCAGCAUCCACAAAGGUGGAAGUCCGCAACACUAUGUCCAUUCACAGCUCCUUCUUCACGUUCAAGGACAACUCAGAUGUGCUCAAAUUUCAACAUGCCGUUAUGGGCUAUCAUGUUAUUUGCGAUAAAACUUCUGUUGCCUGGAAAUUCCACAGCAAGGACUGUGGACAGAACCUCAUCAAAUCUCAAAAUAGAAUUCAGCUUUGGCGUGGAAAGCGCCUCAGUGCCCGCAAGAGAGCGGAGGAUGCCUCUGCAUCAGACCCCACUGCUACUAUGCCGAUAUCUUCUAGGUCCAACGACACCAUCCAGUCUCCGCCUAGUGCGCAAACAGACAAACCACCAGCAACGCCAACAAUUGCGAGUUCUGUCAUAUCCGAGGCCGAAUCCACAGGUAAUGAAAGAAUCACAGUCAUAAAAGCGCUUACUGCUCCGGUGCUGUUUAUCUUCACUAUGCUAGAUAAAAAGUAUACAUUUAUCCACAUCGAGCUGACUCCUCAACACCGCCUGUCCUAUCAAUCCUGCUCAUGUGACGAUAAAAAGCCCCACAGCUGCGCCAGCGUGGCUAUACGAUAUACCAGAAAACAGAAAAACCUCAAAUUCCCAUUUCGCAUCCACUCCGUGGAGCCAUCACAGGUGGCGAAUUUUGACCUUGCUCUGUUUGCCAGUCAGCAACACCCCGGCUUCAGUCGACUAAAAUCGAAGGAAACUGGGUACCUCAACCUCGACUUCACGUCGUCUGCUGAGCGCAUACAUUUCGCCCGGUGUUUCAACAACCUGCUUGAAGAUCACAGGGCCAAGUACAACGCCAUCGAACAGCACCGUGCCCAACGCAAGCACCAAAGCGGUCUAUCUGGCGAAGGCGAAUUUGAUAGGAGCAGUGGAUCCUGGAGAUCAGCCUCCUUCAGCUCUAUAGGCUCGUCAUCAACGCGAGUCCACAGCCCAACAAGCCCCGCCCCAAGAUUGGACCCUGUUCCCAACCUCCCAGAGCUCUCGUUACCCUACCGUGAGGGUAUCAGCCCAUGA